GAGACGGCGGGCGCGGCGCGUGGCCCGCGGGCUAGAGGACCCUGGGAGGGCGCGAGUGACUGCGCGGGCGGUGGGUGUGGCGCCCCGGCUCGCAGCUGUCAAGCGCGCCCGCCCCGCGCCGGCCUCGCCACUCGGGCUGUGACCGCGCCGUGCCCGUCGCCGCGCCAUGCGCUCCAGGCUUCGGCCUCGGCUCCGGGCCCGUCCGGGGCCUCCGGGGCAGCGGCGCAGGGCACACGUCUUCGCUCAAGGGGCCCUGGCGUCCAGCGCCCGCUGAGAGCCCGCGUCGCGCGGGAGGGGCCAGCGGGGCCGCGGGUGUGAGCGCGAGGAGCCCGGGAGCGCGGCUGUGCGCGCGCGCGGGGAGGGGCCGCGCCGUCACCCGGAGAGCCCGGCGGAUCCCGGACUCCCGCCCGCCGCUCCGCCCGCCGCGCACCUCCUCUCACCGCUCGCCCGGCUCCAGCCGCCGCCGCACGGAGCGGCGGCAUGGAGGCUCUCACCACUCAGCUGGGGCCGGGGCGCGAGGGCAACUCCUCACCCAACUCUAAGCAGGAGCUGCAACCCUACUCGGGCUCCAGCGCUCUCAAACCCAACCAGGUGGGCGAGACGUCGCUGUACGGGGUGCCUAUCGUGUCUCUGGUCAUCGACGGCCAGGAGCGCCUUUGCCUGGCGCAGAUCUCCAACACUCUCCUCAAGAACUACAGCUACAAUGAGAUCCACAACCGCCGUGUGGCCCUGGGCAUCACGUGCGUGCAGUGCACGCCAGUACAGCUGGAGAUUCUGCGUCGGGCCGGGGCCAUGCCGAUCUCGUCUCGCCGCUGUGGUAUGAUCACCAAGCGCGAGGCCGAACGCCUGUGCAAGUCGUUCCUGGGCGAGCAUAAGCCGCCCAAGCUGCCGGAGAACUUCGCCUUCGAUGUGGUGCACGAGUGCGCGUGGGGCUCCCGUGGCAGCUUCAUCCCCGCGCGUUACAACAGCUCGCGUGCUAAGUGCAUCAAGUGCGGCUACUGCAGCAUGUACUUCUCGCCUAACAAGUUCAUCUUCCACUCGCACCGCACACCGGACGCCAAGUACACACAGCCCGACGCCGCCAACUUCAACUCGUGGCGUCGUCAUCUCAAACUCAGUGACAAGUCGGCCACAGAUGAACUGAGCCACGCUUGGGAGGACGUCAAGGCCAUGUUCAAUGGCGGCACGCGCAAGCGGACUUUCUCGCUGCAAGGAGGCGGCGGUGGCGGCGCUAAUGGCGGGUCGGGUGGGCAGGGGAAGGGUGGUGCUGGCGGCGGGGGCGGCCCGGGGUGUGGCGCAGAGAUGGCCCCAGGCCCGCCGCCCCACAAAACCCUGCGCUGUGGCGAAGACGAGGCCACCGGGCCUCCUGGGCCCCCUCCUCCCCAUCCGCAGCGGGGACUUGGUCUAGCCGCAGGAGCCGGCGGACCGGCGGGCCCUGGAGGGCCUGGUGGCGGCGCCGGCGUACGCAGUUACCCAGUGAUCCCAGUGCCCAGCAAGGGCUUUGGCCUCUUGCAGAAACUGCCCCCGCCGCUUUUCCCUCACCCCUACGGCUUUCCCACGGCUUUCGGCCUCUGCCCCAAAAAGGACGACCCGGUGCUAGGCGCGGGCGAGCCCAAGGGAGGCCCAGGCACCGGGAGCGGCGCGGGUGCGGGCACUGGCGGAGGCGCGGGCGGGCCAGGAUCCGGCCACUUGCCCCCGGGGGCAGGCCCUGGCCCGGGUGGCGGAGCCAUGUUCUGGGGUCACCAGCCCUCUGGGGCGGCCAAGGACGCAGCGGCCGUGGCUGCAGCGGCCGCCGCCGCUACCGUAUAUCCGACGUUUCCCAUGUUCUGGCCGGCGGCAGGCAGCCUGCCGGUGCCGCCCUAUCCAGCUGCGCAGAGUCAAGCCAAGGCCGUGGCGGCCGCUGUAGCGGCGGCGGCGGCGGCGGCAGCUGCAGCAGCCGGCAGCGGCGGCCCCGAGUCCCUGGACGGUGCCGAGCCCGCCAAGGAGGGCAGCCUGGGCGCAGAGGAGCGCUGUCCGAGCGCUCUGUCCCGCGGGCCGCUGGACGAGGACGGCGCGGACGAGGCGCUGCCGCCGCCUCUGGCCCCACUUGCCCCACCACCGCCGCCCGCACGCAAAGGCUCCUAUGUGUCGGCCUUCCGACCUGUGGUCAAGGACGCCGAGAGCAUCGCCAAGCUCUAUGGUAGCGCCCGCGACGCGUACGGCACGGGGCCUGCUCGUGGGCCAGGGCCGGGAGCGGGGUCCGGCGGCGGUUACGUGAGCCCAGACUUUCUGAGCGAGGGCAGCUCCAGCUACCACUCCGCCUCGCCCGACGUGGACACUGCUGACGAGCCCGAGGUGGACGUGGAGUCCAACCGCUUCCCUGACGAUGAGGGCGCUCCAGAUGAGACCGAGUCGGGCGUACCCAGUGCGCCCAGCACGGGAGGCGGCCCGGACGCCGACCAGCCCGCAGGGCCCCCGUCUACCACCUCCUCGGGCGCCGACGGUCCCACAGACUCCCCAGAUGGCGGCAGCCCUCGUUCCCGGCGCCGCCCCGGGCUGCCCACCCCCAGCCGGUCAUUUGGGGACCUGGCGGCCGACGACGUGGUGCGGAGACCGGAGAGGAGCCCGCCGAGCAGCGGCUAUGAGCUGCGAGAGCCUUGCGGGCCGCUGGGGGGCCCCGCGCCGGCCAAGGUGUACGCGCCAGAGCGGGACGAGCAUGUGAAGAGCGCGGCGGCGCUGGGGCCCGCGGCCUCCUACCUCUGCACCCCCGAGGCCCACGAACCAGAUAAGGAAGACAAUCACUCGACCGCCGACGAUUUGGAAACGAGGAAAUCCUAUCCAGACCAAAGGAGUAUCUCCCAACCAAGUCCCGCAAAUACAGACCGAGGUGAAGAUGGGCUCACCCUGGAUGUCACAGGAACUCAGCUAGUGGAGAAAGAUAUCGAGAACCUGGCCAGAGACGAAUUGCAAAAACUGCUCCUGGAGCAAAUGGAGCUCCGCAAGAAAUUGGAGCGAGAAUUUCAGAGUCUCAAAGAUAAUUUUCAGGAUCAAAUGAAGAGGGAAUUGGCUUAUCGAGAAGAAAUGGUGCAACAGCUGCAAAUUGUCAGAGACACUCUGUGUAACGAACUCGACCAAGAGCGGAAGGCGCGCUAUGCCAUCCAGCAGAAAUUAAAAGAAGCUCACGACGCCCUGCACCACUUCUCCUGCAAGAUGCUGACGCCCCGCCAUUGCACUGGCAACUGCUCCUUCAAGCCCCCGCUGUUGCCCUAGGGCCGGCCCCGCCGCGCCCACGCGCCCUCAAGCCAUGCUGCUCUCUUCUUGUAAAUACCCGCGGCCGCGGCGGCCGAGAGCGAGGAACAAGCCAUUCCGACACGACCGAUGUACAUACAGCCUCCCGCCCGCCCGCCCUCCUCCCGGGCGCCUUGGCCCAGGGCCCCUUCUUCGUUUCCAAGUGUAAAUACCACCUCGCCCCACGGUUUAACUCCAGGGCAUCGGACCUCAUGGGGUUAACUGGACCAAAGGGGGUAAGAAAGGGGAAAGGGGUGUCUCCCCCGCCCCACACAGCCUCGGACCCCCCAGUUGUAUACACAGCGUAGCAACUUCGCCGGCGCUGGCCCUGCUCUCCCCUGUCCCUUCCAUUCUGAAACUUGUUCCUAAUGACAAAGUGGCUAUGUGCAAUGGGUAUAAAUGAACUGUGAGUCUCUCUGGGUUCAGUAUUGGGUUCCGUUUUAUUUAUGCUGUAAAUUAUUUUGCUUCCUUCUCCUGGACCUACUUCCGGUCCCAUUUUGCAUUCCCCUUUGGGUUUUGUCUAAUUUUUUUCCUUGUUAACCUCUUGAUGUAACAGCACUUUAAAAAGGGCGACGACUCACGAGAUGGAGACCACCUUGAGCCUAUUUGGGGAGACCACCCUGUAUCCGUGACUUUUGUUUUGUUUUU